AGAUUUAAAACUUUCAGUUAGUUUUGGAGGUGAAUGUUUAGAUUUUAAAGGGAGAGAAUGUGACAAACAGCAAUAAGUUCUUAGAAAUGACUUUUGUUAAGAGAAGAGGCGCUCUGGAGCCUCACUGGGAGAACAGAGCAUCUGGAAAUCAGGAUUUUAAGCUUCCUAGAAGGCUUCCGACGUUACCGAGACAUCCCAUCAGGAUGAACACCUGGCCGCCUGACGGCGCUGACUCUGGACACCACAGGCUGCACAGGAGACCGAUGUACGUCUCUUUAGUCAGCAAGGCCGUCUUGUGGAACAGAGGAGUGAGCCACGAUGCUGUCUGGGAUCGUCCGGCUCAUCUUCGGGCUAUGUGUCCACGCUUCCUGUCCCACACGAAGGUUUGUCCUGAAGACUUCCAGCCUCCGUCUUUAUUAAGAUCCAGACAGCCGUUUCCAUCUCAGGAGAAGAUGCAGAUGGUUUAUCCUCUUCCUGCUCCAAACACUCCGGUUCUUGGACAUCCUGAACCUGGCAGAAGAGCGGACGGCGAGCAGAGGGUUGCUUCGAUUGACGGACGGCCCUCCGCAGCCAUUUCUCCUCGCCUCCGGCUCCCCGCCGCCCCACCACCAUCCAGCCUUAGUUCAACACCUGAACGCGACACGCCUCACCUCGACUCAGACAGACGGCGAAGCAAGUCGAACGCAAUUCAAACAACCGCAACCCUGACAUCUCCUAAUGUUGCACCACUGCAGACAGAAAACGCCGUCACUGAAGUAGAAAAGGUGCGGCGACCUGCUCCGGUUGAGCCAGACUGGAAUCCUGACCUCGGGUUGUCUGGAUCAGAACAAUCAGCAUCAGCAGCCUCCCUCUCAAUGGGGUCGCUUUCUGAUUUUAGUCGCCCACCUUCCAGUUUGUUCAGCCGAAGCACCGACCUCGCCAGUGGCAGGAGCAGCAUCCUGAGUGAUAAGACAGGAGAAGAUGUCAUGGACUCAGAUCCAGAGAGAAGUCUUGGGUUCUCCUUCCAUCAGCUUUCCCCAGCGAUGCAUUUACCUCAGGCCUCUGUGACUCCAACAGAACUGAGCCAUGGCAGAUCUUUUAAGAGCACCAACAGCACUCCCACACRUUCACACUGCAAGUCACUCUUUGACCAAUCAAUACGUUGCUCGCCCUGCCCAGAGCCAACCAACCGACCUAACUCAGAGAAGCUUUUGAGCAGCAGAGGAAGCUCGAAAACAGCUGAAAGCGCGAACCCGGACACGUCUACGGAUCUCGCUUUCAGUCAGCUCCUGUUUCCUGACAGAGAGCGUGCUACGCUCGAGUUGUCCUCCACGUUGUCUCCACGACUGAGCCCACUCAGGACCUCUCCACGGUCAGCAUCGGGAGCAAAGCUGACCCCGCCUCCUCCUCCAUCCCGGCUAGAGUCGCAGCGCUGGCCGGUCCUGCCUCCCAUCUCCCCCGUCGGAGGUGUUGCAGGAAGCUCAGCAGCGUCUCACUGCUCUGAGGUCAGCUGCAGUCAGUCUCACAUGUUUGAUGAACUGGAAGCCGUCGCUCGUCUCUCAGCCUCCUGUUUGUCUCUGGACCAAACAUCAGACUCAUCAAAGUCCUCCUCACCUGAAACAGAGCUGUCCCCUGGCCUCGCAGCACUGACGAUAGGCUGUGACUCUGGAAAUCUGGGCUCUUUAUCUCGAGUCCAGCUGCUCCUCCUGGACCGGCCGGAGGCUGACUCUAUGUUCAAUCUGCCUAAUCGAAAGGAGGCAUUCUCGCCGCUCCAAGAAUGGUCGGAUCUGACGAUGCAGUAUGAUGAUCUGGAGUUUACAUUACCAGGUCAUUCGAGGCCCCUCACAGCUGGCAGCAUCUCCGAAAGGUGCGACUCCGCAGGGGAAGUCCGAGAAAAUAAAUCGGAUUGGUCUGAUGCUGAGUUUGGGUCUCCAUCUUCUUGGAUCAUUGACCCGAGUCCAUCCUCGGACACGUUCAGAUCCUUUGACUCAUCCUACAUGUCAAACUACAGUACUUACUCAAAUGACGAGAGGCCUGCCGAGGAGGAGCCCAAUAUUCUGGGACUGAGCGACCGAAAUGGACAAAGGACACYGUUGAGUCGUGAAGGCAGAGCCGAGGAGAGGGACCCACGCAUGGAGGAGAGGAAAACAAAGGCGUUAAACCUGCUGUCCAAACUACAAGACAACACACCUCAGCAGAGUAGAAGCAGCAAAAGCCGCUCCAACUUUGAGGACUUCGACUUUUUGGCAAAGUAUUGCAUUUUCAGUCAGGAGAAGCUGGCCGAGUACAAAAGGGCUUUUGAAGCGGAGGACAGCGACAGGGACGGCUACCUCUCCUGCCUGCAGGUUCUCCUGGCUCUGAAGACCAUCAUUCCCUCUGAGCUGCUGUCUGAUGAAGAAGAGAUCUACGUCUACAGGAUCUUAGAGAUGGUGGACUUCAGAGUGACAGAUGGACUCGUGGACCUCAGGCUGUUUGCUGUGAUUGCGAGCCUGGCUCAGAAAAUAGCUUCCAUGGACGGCUGUUCCUGUUCCUCCUGGAGGAGCAGAGAGAAGACCCGGGUGCUCAGCGGGGCUUCAUCAGCAGCGAGCAGCUGCUGCUGGAGCUGAAGGCCGGCGGCAUCCGUCUGGACCAGGAGGCCGCCAUCAGACUGGAGCUGCAGCACAUUCCUCCACUGGACCUGCUGGACUUCCUGGCCCACCUGCCCCUCUUCAUGCUCAUUCACAAGUCUGUCAUCUCCAACCCUCUCAAUGACUCCAGCCUCUUCUGAGACAUAUUACCUCUGUCACAAAAUGAUGGGCCACAAUAUGCAGCCUAGGUUAUGUAACAAGCACCCAUAAGAAUCCUCCCUUUCCACAUUUUAACUCCAUCCAUGACCACACAGCCACCAUGCUCCACCCAGGACUCCAAAAAGCUGCCACCUUAUAUCCUGACCUGCAGACCAUCCACAUUCUGUCUGAUUUUAUAUAUGUAUUUAUAUUAUUUUCAUUCAAAAUGCUGUUUUUUUUCUUUGCAAGUAUUUUUAGUUGUGAUCCUGGAGAUAUUAAAAAUACAUUUACUUCCUUA